GGUCCCUCUUGAAACACACUGUACUGCUCUAAACUAAGAGUUUAUAAGACUUUUUGACACAGAAAGUACAAAGCUAAGACAUAAAACUACCCAUCUGACAAGAGCUGAGACACCCACAGACUGCAAGAGACACUGACAGACAUUGUUAGAUGAUAGACAGCCACAAGCAGUGCAUGUGAGUGGGAGACAGCCUGAGAAACCAACAGCAAGAAACAAACCAGUGAACAGCAAAGGACAAAUCCAGAUUUCAAAAGAGACAGAAGUAAAGCAGCCCUUCCGCUGACCUGAGAGAGGAGGGGGGGAGGAGACAGCCUCACCCAGUGAGACAGGCAGAGGCAGCGAGAGCACAAGGCAGAGACACCUGCAACAUGAUCCAGAGACAUCUAAACAGAAUGAGGCAGCUGACCAACCAUGGCCCGGGCAGGUCACAGGAUGUCACCGAUAUGCUUACAGAGGAUCUACUGCAGGCUGACCAACAGGUGGAACCAGUGAAGAAAGUGGCUCAUUUUGUGGGCAAGCGGCUGGCCAGUUGCAUGCAGGGGCCAGCAGGGUCAGACAUGGAGAAAAAGCUGAAAAAACUUGCUCUGAUGUCUCUGUCUUCAGCCAUAGCCGAAACCAUGAAGGAAAUAGACUACGACACAACUCUGAGGAAGAUUUUAGAGAUGGGUUGCUUUGUAGAAGGAUCCUUGGCCCAAGACCUUGCGGAGUUUGAGAUCACAGUAGAGAGAGAUGUGUUGCAGCCGCUGAACAAGCUAAGUGAGGAGGAAUUACCAGCGAUUCUAAAGCACAGAAAGCAGCUGCAGAAAUUAAUCACAGAUUGGAACAGUGCCAAGAGCAGGUUGUCGCAGGCUCAAAAAAACACCUCUGCUGGGCAAGGAGGGGGCAGCGCUGGCAUGCCACCAAAACUGGAAAGUCUCAAGGAGGAAGAAGAAGAACUGAGGAGGAAGUUAGAACAGAGUAAGGAUGAUUACCUGUGUGACCUGUAUCACUUCAAUACCAAAGAGGAGGAGUGUGAGAAAUAUUUUAUCAAACUGCUGGAGCUGCAAGCGGAAUAUCACAAGAAAUCCCUGAGCCGUCUGACCGCAGCCCUAUGGGAGCUCAGAGAUACCCUGAAAGAGAAAGCUCACAUGGAGCAGGUGCCCGCUGAGGUGUACGGAGUGCUACUUGAGACCCACCUGGCACGGUUUAACUGUGAGAUUGCUGUGCCCAUUUCAGCCUGUGUGAGGAUGCUGCUAACGCAUGGGAUGCAGGAGGAGGGUCUCUUCCGAUUGACUGCUGGAGCUUCAAUUCUGAAGAAACUCAAGUCCAGUUUGGGGGCUGGUGCCAGCAGCCUGUCGGGGUUUAUGUCUGAGCCGCACGCCGUAGCAGGUGCCUUAAAGUCAUAUCUCAGGGAACUUCCAGAACCUCUAAUGACUUCAGAACUUUUUGAUGAGUGGAUAAAAGCCGGCAGCAUUAAGGAACCGGAGCGACGUCUGGAGAGUUUCAGAGAAGUCUGCUCUAAAUUGCCCAAGGAGAACUACAACAACCUAAGGUACCUGAUUAAAUUCAUGGCAAAACUUGCUGAGCACCAAGAGAUAAACAAGAUGACGCCCAGCAACAUUGCUAUUGUCUUGGGACCCAACCUGCUGUGGGCUAAAGUUGACGGGGACCCAACCGUGCUAGACAUGGCUUCCGCAUCCCCUAUACUGGUUGUGAGUGUGGUCGAAGGGUUAAUAAACUGUGCAGCAGAUCUUUUUCCAGAAGAUGUAGAUUUUGGGGUUGAAGAGACAAUGCCCACCGCUGCUGUGCCCUUACAGAGUCCUACAGUGCCCUCACCAAGCCCAGAAGUGUCUCCUCAGAGCCCAGCAACAUCCACACAGAAAGAGGUUACCUUGAAAUCUGAAGAGACUGUCUCUCAAGCUUCUGUCUCAAUAGCCAGUACAGAAAGAACUGCUGACAUCCGGACCUCCACUCAAGAACCGGUCCCAGUAAAAACAGCUCCACCAAAACCUCCCCCACCUGUGGAAGAAGCCAUUCAGACUGUCAAUCUAGCAGGCGGAAGCCCCAAAAGUGCAGCCAGAGCAAAGCGACCAGCACCUCAGCGGCCCAGCAUUCCUCCUCCCAUACAACCCCGGGUUCCCCCCAACACAGAGACCAACCCAGAUAACUUUAGCCCAAGACCCACACCCCGCAGGAUCACUGGAGGAAGCCUGAGAGUACCCAACAUACCCCCUCCUCAUCCACCCCAGCCAUCUCAGAGCCCUACUGCAAAAUCUGAUGGGAGCGAUACAGAGUCCACCACUAAAGCACCACCCCCAAAACCUCUGCCCAGGAAUCGGAUUCAAUCUUCUGAUCAAUGAACAGGCAGAUGCCGUCAUCUACUUCAAAGUUGCAAUGGACAAUGCAACCACAAGAUGUCACUGUAACCUUUAUGUGCCAGUUAUUACACAAUGUUAUGUCUCUAGAGACCACCACUGCAUAAAUAACUGUUAAAGGGAUAUGAAAUAAACUUGUUUUUUUGUGAUUCAGA